UAUAACAUAAUUAAAUGCAGGCAGCCAUGAAUAUGGACGCAAAUGCUGUCGAGAAUCGGGAGAAAGAGCGUGAUCGCCGUGGACGUGGCGCACGCGGCUCCCGCUUCUCAGAUGCGGAUGGUAACAAUGGAAACGCCGCUGGUGGUGGGGGUGGCGGAGGAGGCGCUAAUAAUGCACGCGACAGAAGUCGCGAAAGACGCAAUUGCCGCGUCUAUAUCUCGAACAUUCCGUACGAUUAUCGCUGGCAAGACCUCAAGGAUCUAUUCCGACGCAUUGUCGGCUCCAUUGAGUAUGUGCAAUUAUUCCAUGAUGAAAACGGYAAGGCACGUGGCUGCGGUAUUGUCGAGUUCAAAGAUCCAGAGAACGUCCAAAAAGCAAUGGAGAAAAUGAAUCGAUAUGAACUUAACGGACGUGAGCUAGUCGUCAAGGAAGAUCACGGCGAGCAGCGUGAUCAAUACGGUCGCAUUGUUCGCGAUGGAGCAGGAGGUGGCGGUGGAGGCGGUGCUGGUGGUGGAGGAGGAGGAGGAGGAAAUGGUGGAGGUCGCGAUCAUAUGGACGAUCGUGAUCGCGGCUUCUCGCGACGUGACGAUGACAGAAUAUCUGGGCGUAAUAAUUUUAACAUGAUGUCUAAUGAUUUUAAUUCGUCGAAUUACAAUUUGUAUGGGCUUUCUGCUUCGUUUUUGGAGAGUCUUGGCAUAAGUGGACCUUUGCAUAAUAAGGUCUUUGUUGCUAAUGUGAGUAUAUGUAUAAUAAUAAUAAUAAACUAUGAACCAAAUCAAGAAAACAAAAAAAAAAAAAAACGAACAAUACCGAUACCGUUACCGAUACCAAAACCAACCACAAUUAUCUAAAUACGCAUAUCUUCUAUAUGAUAGAAAUAUGUUUUCUAACUUGUGUACUCUUUGCCCAGUUCUGUUUAAGUAGUAAAUUGUUUUUAUUCUAU